UGCUUGCAUAUGUUGCACACAAGACAAUCUGCUGUUAAUUCGUUCUGCGUAUUAUUAUUUAUAAUUAGAGCCUAUUCUUAUAAAGUAUAUUCGGGAAUUCUGCAAGUGUUACUGCCUACGAAAAGACAGCUGCUGCCUCUGAAUAAUUAUGUUAUAAUGAAGGCAUUCGGAUUGUUCUUCGGAAUCUUUUGGACUGUUGUAACAUCGCUUACAUAUUCAGUAAGCGAACCUGUAGGAGAGAAUGCAUCUGAUAGCGAUGCCAGCUUAUAUUUCAAUGAUGUAAUCUGGGACGACGAGGACGAUGGUGGUGCCAGGCAGUACAUGCGGGCAACAGGUCAGCUUGCUCCGGGAAAUUACUGGCCCAACAACGGAAAGGACAUUCCUUACGCAUUUGAACAACUCGAUGCGGACCAACGACAAGCGGUGGAAAAGGCUUUGCGACUGAUGGAAUGGCGUACCAGCUUUUGCAUAACUUUUAAAAGCCGGACACAAGAGCGGGAACAUAUUCUUUUCCAACCGGGAAAAAGCUGCCAAGCGGAAAUUGGCCGUGUUCAUGCGCAUGCGACAAAGGUCAAGUUACACGCUGACUGUUUUUCAUCGGGCAUAAUUCAGCAUGAAGUCAUGCAUGCUCUCGGCAUGUUUCAUGAGCACAGCCGCCCCGAUCGCGAUGAGUACGUCACGGUCCUUCCUGAGAACAUCCGAAAAGGCGUCGAUCCAAGGAACUUUGAUAAAUUGCCACUGAUGGUGACAUACGGUGUUCCGUACGAUUUGGAUUCAAUCAUGCACUACGGCGGCAUGGAUAUAGCACGAAGCGGCGGCAGACCAGCAUUUGUUCCUAAGAUAACCACGCAAGUAAUUGGUCAGCGAAAUGGUUUAAGCACUUUCGAUGUGGCGCGAUUGCAGAGAGCCUACAAGUGCUCCUUAGAUGAUGCCGCUUUUGAAAGGCGAAUGUCCGAGCGAAGACUGAACAUAUCUUACAGAAUAGCCACAUCAGUUGAAGAAAUCGCAACUGGACAAUUUCCCACUUCUCCGGUGGCAGUGCAAAUUCAGCCUUCGAAAUCGCAGACGGUGAGAAUUGGAGACACUGUGCAAUUCCGUUGCAUUGUCCGUAGUCCUAUUGCCUACACGACGGUCUGGACAAAAGUCGGCGGACGACUUCUAUCGCGUUACUCAGACGUAGCGGGAGUGUUGACCAUUAACAAUGUACAGCCACAUGAUGUCGGCACAUAUAUCUGCACGGGUUCCAACGCCUACCAGAGUGGAUCUGAUCGUGCGGAGUUGAGCAUCAAAAGCGCUGCCUUCCCGAUUGAAGUAAAACCGUUGGCUAACGGUGAGAAGGCGGCACCCGCUCCGCCGAGCCUGUGGCCAACUGGUCCCGUUGAACUGCGGAUUAAGCCGUACUUCCAGCGAGUUAAAGAAGGACAGCCAGUGGAAUUCCGGUGCAUUGCUACCGGUUCCCAAGUGCAUCUAUCUUGGCAUCGCGCGCAUGGUGGUCGUUUGAAUUCACAGAGCACAGUAAACAAUGGGGUACUCCGAAUCCCGUCGGCUCAAGUUCAGGACGAAGACGAAUACUUCUGCAAUGGCACCGAACCGGGAGGACCAGUUAGCGCUCGAACAUUCUCUUCGUUUUCUCUGAGUAAACGAAGAGAAUGUUCGAGCAGAGAAGUAGUGAGGGUGGAAUGUGUCGGUGACGGACCUGACGAUGCAGUGUACUGGCAUCGUGAUUCAGCUGCGGGGCGUGUCGUAGCCGGGCCUGGUCAAGGCAGACAGGAGCAGGUGAUUGAAAAUGCAUCCGCCGACGAUGCUCGACAGUACGUCUGCGUUGUCAGAGACCCAACCGGCACCACCAGCUCAUUUGCCGUGGAAGUACGAAAGGAAGCCAGGACAUAUCAAGGUGCCGGCGAAAUUCCCGAAAUCGUAAACUUGUAACCAACCAAUUGCCUUCCGACCAGAACCCGGUAUCGCGGACCCAUGCAUACUGAAGAAGACGACUGUAAAGUUCACGACAAUUUAACCGCCAAGUCCUACCAGAAACCUUGAUAGCCAACAUUUUCGGACCUUUCUGCAGGCGGACGUUUGAACUGCAUCUGCAGCAUUUGGUCGUAGAUGCACCCUUAUAAGUGUGCGAUCGCAUCAAUUCGUUACCCAAGAGGCGGUCGAAUGUAGAAGAAAUCUUAACUGAGCUCAGAAAUUGCACCAUUCGUGCUUUAUGACCGGGCGUUUUCACCGAUUUGCCUUUACUGCGUAUUCUUGCUUUGGAAAAUGGGAUAAAAAAAAGAGGUUUAGUCAGGAUAUUAGGAAUUACAUAAACCGUCUGCAUUGUUCGUGUCACUUUGCCUCUUUUCGACAAUGGAGAAACCGUUACAUCGCGUUAUUGAACCAAAGUGAUGUCGGACAGCUUUAUAGUUUCCGUAACUCCUGGUGGAGCGCUUCUUAUGAACGACAAGAAAUUUACGUGCCUGUUAACUGCGCUACCAAGUCGUUUAUAACUGGUUUUUUGGCCAUCAAAUCUUCUUCAUAGGUUGAAUUUUCAUUGAAUGAUAACAAAAUUUGUUGAAGAGGCAAAUUUAUUGAGAUUGUACUGAUCAGCGUAUACCGCUAUGAAUUGUGUUCCAAGCAGAUUUUCAUUCAUAAUCGAUUUAACUAGGAUUCCACUAGUCGUAACUAGUUGCGCAUUCGGCAGGAAUGCCUAAGGAUAAUAGUAAAAAUAAUAUUAUUAUUUUUAUUAUGAUCCUGGUUGAUUUGCUGGGUAGCGGGCCGCUUACGAUCAUGGCUAGUACGGUACUUACUUUGAAUGGUCGCCUUUACCAAACAAUUACA